UUGAUCACGUCAUCCGACUCCUUCGCGCCGGAACGGGGGCGGCGAAAGGAGAAAGCGUACGCCACUCGCCAUCUCUGUGCGCCACCCGGAAGGGAAGGGAAGUGGGUGUGGCGGAGCACGUGAACGGUGGCCGCGCAGGGACAGGCCAAGCAGGAGGUGCCGGGUCCGCGGCGUGAGUAGCGCGCGGCUCCCUCCCUCCCCGCCGCCGCCGCCGCCGCGCGCUCCGCCCCCUCCGGCACCAACGGCUUCUGAGAGCGGCGCGCGGUUGCCCCGGCAACUAGGCCGCACGCCGUGGGGGGCGGCGGGCGCUGACGCUUGUUGCCCAUGGCCCGGCUGGGCGCCGGCCGCCUCGCGCUCGGACUGGCGCUGGGAGCGGUGGCGGCGGGCGGCGGCCUGCUCUGGGUGCUGCGGUGGCGGCGAGGCGGGCGGCCCUGGCGGCGGGGGAACGGCCAGGACUCGGCGAGUGAAGGCGCCCCCAACGCCGCGGCUGCGGCGGAGGCCCCACGGCACCGGAGCCAGGCCCUUCCCAGAAAGCAGCUUCCUGUAGAGGCAGGAGAUGGUGCUAUGUACACAUCUCUUCUAACACAUGAAGAGCAGGUGGAUGUGCUGAAUCGCCUUGACUUUGUGUUGAGGAACAUUACAGAGCUACGACAAGAAGUGGAAGAGCUGCGAAACAGCUUGCAGCACUUAGCUGCAGAAAUUGUUUUUGAAGUCAAAUCUCAUCUGGAAGAAACCCAGAAAGUAACUCGGCGAAGGCGGUUCCCAUUUGCCAGAGAAAGAAGUGAUUCCACGGGAUCGAGUUCAAUUUAUUUCACGGCCAGCUCAGGAACAGCCAAUACAGAUGAUGGUGAAAGUGAAGGAGGGUACACCACAGCCAAUGCUGAGUCUGAUUAUGACCAGGGGUCAGAGCGAGAGAGUGAGGAAGGGGAAGAUGAAGUGAGCUGUGAAACAGUGAGGACUGCACGAAAGGAUUCCUUGGACCUAGUCAAUGAGGAUGAAACGCAUUUAAUCUUAGAUUCCUCAGUAGAGGAUGGACUGGGUCAGCUACUGCAGCAGGCUGACCAGUUGCAUAAUGGAGAUGAUCAGGAGAAGAGAGAAGGAUUCCAGCUGCUACUGAAUAACAAACUGGCGGUAAAGUAUGCAGACCAGAAAGAUUUUCUUUGGCGCCUGGCCCGGGCACAUAGCGAUAUGUAUGAAAUCACAGAAGACAUAGAGGAGAAGAAAUCGUAUGCAUCUGAUGGAAAACAAGAAAUAGAAGCUGCCUUACAGAAAUGGGAUCAAAGUGCUGAAUGUCAUCAGUGGUAUGCUAUUCUUUGUGGACAGUUAUCAGAACAUGAGAGCAUUCAGAAGCGCAUUCAAGUUGGGUAUGUUUUUAAGGAACACAUUGAUAAAGCAAUUUCACUGAAACCGGAUGAUCCAAAAUCUUACUAUCUUUUGGGCAGGUGGUGUUACCAGAUUUCCCAUCUAGGAUGGCUUGAAAAAAAGACUGCUGCUGCUUUGUUUGAAGCCCCUCCUACAGCCACUAUACAAGAUGCACUGCAAAACUUUUUAAGGGUUGAGGAGUUGAGCCCCGGAUUUUCCAAAACAGGAAGAGUAUACAUUGCCAAGUGUUACAGGGACCUGGGGAAUAACUCUGCAGCUUUUCUGUGGAUGAAUCUUGCUUCAGAGCUCCCAGUUAGUACGAAAGAGGAUGCAGAAAGCAAGAGGGAACUUGAGGAGAUGCAGUUAAUCUGGGAAGAAUAAGUGUUUAAGAGCUCGUUCCAUUUGAUACUACACAGACAGUAAAAUUCCAGUUAAAGAGGUUUCGUGAUUCUGACAAAGUUGAUUGCACUUCAUGGAUAAGCCACAAGAAUUUACAAAAAUGCAUGGCAGUCUCAUCAGCAGUUCCAGGAAAACAUCAUGCUGGGAUUUAAUCAGAUAAAAAUUUUGAUUAUUUGUUUCCCUCCUUACAGCACUGGAUAUUUUUUAUUUAAAAGUUAGAUCCAUUAAUUAUGUUCAUCAGCUUCUGGUUAUCUCCUUCAUGAUUCUGAUUUUCACAAUCACUUAAUGUAAACUUCAAAAAAAAAUUUAUUGUAGAAGUUCUGCCUAUGUAACAAACUUUCACAAGGAUGUCAUUUGGGAAAUGCAAUUGUUUUUUAUAGAACAAGCUGAACUUCAGGUCUACUUACUGGUGAGCUCUAUUUAACUGACUCCUGAGGGAGUCUUCAGCCAAAAAUCUUUUCUGCUUAACUAUUUUGACUUUUCCUUAAUACAUUAUAUUAAUGUGAUCAGUAGAAAUAACUGAUUACAUGUUGUUUGCAUAGAUGUUUUGGUGAGAUUAAAUUCAGAGCCAUGGUGAUUAGAUGGGACUAUUGCUGUUUUUUUUUGUUUGUUUGUUUGUUUGUUUGUUUGUUUUUAAUCAGUCUGAUGUGCUGAAGGCAGUAGGAUGUUCUUACUUCCCUCAGCAUAUUGACUCAGAUGGACAGGGACACUAUGAUACUAGAUAAAGGUAACUACAAAAAAAGACUACAAUGCCUUAGAAAAGUGAAUUGUCAGCUCUUCCUCCCUUGCUGUGAAAAUGUUGACGAUGAUAUCGAAAACACUCUUGUUUUUCAUUUCAAAAUAUGCCUAACUGUCAUCUUGUAUUCCACCGAGCAGAAACCGGCACUGCUUAUUGUAGUGAGUUACUAUCAAGGGACCAAUGAGAUUUUCUUAACAAUAUGAAAUCUAUUUUUAAGAGAAUCAUUACUUUCAACAGAGAAAUGAGUAAUAAAAUUUUAACUUUAGGACUUCCAGUGAUGUUCCUUUUUCACUCAAAUGAAAGUGGAAGCUUUGUGUGUUUCUCUGAAUCAUGCUGCUAUGAUUUAGAUAUAAUAACUUCGAUAAAUAACUCCUUUUCAAACUAUGACACAUUUGCUACAGGAAAAGGAAUAUUCUAUGACAGAACUGAUAGUUUAAUGUAAUAUUCUUCCACUGGUUCUUCCUGACUAACACAAUGACACUGGUAAAAAUAAAGCGGACAACUGACAGGUCUUCUGACAGGUUUGACGUACCAAAAGCUAAACUAUGCUGUACACUGAAAACAAUGUUGAAGUAAAAACUGUGUUCAGUAAUUUCUCAAAGAAUCUAACAAGGCUUUUUUUUAUAGCCUUUUAAAUUUCAGCUGGCAGGCAACUGGAUGGUUAUUUUUUAAGAUUUCUUGCUUUUUGCAGUAUUGUAUCAUGUUUAACUUUGCUGUAAAGUGUGAUUGCAAGAGUAAAACAUUUCUCAAUUUCCUUUUAGGUUGGUUAUAUGUAUGUAUUAAGAUGAUAAUUUUCUUUACUUCAUGCAAAUAAAAUUGAAGGGAAAUUGUGUAGCAAAGUCAAACUCAAAACUUCUCGUUUUCUAGAUUUGGCAGUUUUAGUUAGGUUUUUGUCCAAACUAAACUCUUUAAAAUUUUGAGGCUGAAUUGUCUUAUGAGAUCCAAGCAAACUCAGAAUUAGUUUUUUAUUUGAAACUUUAUUUGAAACGAUGAAAAUUGAUACCUUAAAUGGAGUGCUGAAUUCUAAGAGACUCAACUUGAUCACUGUUUUUUUGUGUGUGAGCAAAGCUCUCCUGAUCAGCAGACACUGGAUUUUUAAUUGUGGAUUAAUUGUGAAAUUAAUUAAUAACUUAAUUUGAAUACUUAAUGUGUGCUGUUUUUUUCAGUUCAUUCAAUGGAAUGAUCAGGUGGUCUUUUUUUGCUUCAUAUGAGCACAUUAUAUGAAUCUGUCUUGUUUUGAGUAUGAAUGACGAUAAAACACUAAACACCCAAUCUUAAAUACUUGCACAAAGUUUUAAUUUUUUAUUUCUCUUUGAUUGAUUUAAGCAAUCUGUGAAAUCUAGAUUCUUAACACUGAUUUCCAAAAGAUGAUGAUCAGCUACUUGAUCCUGUCAUGGAAGGUUUGCAGGUGUUUAUCUGGAUGGAGUUAAUAACAGCCCGCAGCAAAGCAAUUGUUGAAUGAGGGGUACUUGUGGGACUCCUAAAGGUAUCAGGGCACCCAGAUACCCUUCUGCAAGUUCUAGAGUGCUAUUAAUAAAUCAUGUUUGCUAUUGUGUAUUCUUUAAACAUUGCCUUCUUCUAAAAGUUAAUAGUUUCAGUAUAUGUAAUAGAAAGAGUGGCAAAAAGAAAUAUUUCUAAUACCAAGAGUUGGUAGCCUUACUUAUUUUCAAACAAGUACAAGCCCUCAGCUGUUCUUUAACUUGUCAAAACAUUAAACUGUUUUGAGAGUCUUUCAAUUACAUAUUUUUCUGGAGGUAGUUUUCUCUCUAUUUCCAAAAGCAUAUAUUUUAGUUUGGCUUUCAGAUACUUUAUUUGAUAUCUAUUUCAAAACAACUAAAAUCGGAGACCAUAAAUCAGUGUUGAUAUAAUAGGUUUGAGAAGAGUUGCUGAUUUAUUCUUCCUUUUGCUUAUUGCUUUGGAUUUUGUAUUGGGUUAGGUUUGAAUUUUUCAUGUGGAUGGAUUCCAUUUAUGUUGGUUAGGAUGAUGGCACUACUCCCAUUAACUUUAAAAGGAGUAUGAAUGAGGAGAGAAUGUUAUUAAUCAAUCUCUUGCCAAGGUGGCUUAUCUUUCUGAAGCACCUCUCCAAACAAGCAGCCUUUGGCAAAAGUUCACAAGAAGAAUGCUUUGGGUUACAGGCUAAGCAAAGCAUAUCCUGAAAUUAGACCAAAAUCUUGUUUUAUUACUGACAGACAAGGCAUUUUCUUCAUGGGGAGAGAAAAUAUUUGGUGAAACAUCUUAAAAUAUGUAUGUAAGGCAUAUUAGACUAUGACUAGAAUUCUUUCUAUCUUUGAGUAAAAGGUAUGCUUCUGUAGAGGAUAGGGUGAUAGAUAAAUUGUGUUAAUUCUUCUCAGUUGGUGCUACUUUUAACUCUCAUUUAUUCUUCUAUUUCUGUCCUCCUGUGAAUACUUAAAGGUUUAUGCAUUUGAUUGCCUGAUUCACUUUGUAUUUUUCUAAAAAGAGACUUCAAUUUUGGGUUAAAAGAAUAAGGUCUGACAUUCCACUCCAAUUUGUCCUUAGUGUGUAUGGUCUUUUCCUUAGGGAAUCUGAAGUUUUGAGGUCUGUUAUUCUCAUGUUCAUACAGGAGAGACUUCCUCUGGAGGCACAGCAUCUGCCUAAAUAGCUAGGGUGGAGAUUCGCAUUUAACAGAUAUUUUUCUGUUCUGAUAUAUCUGCUGAAGCCUAAUUCACAGAUCUCUAAAAACAUGAAAGGAGAUGACAAAACUCCCAGACACUUUCAAGUAUAGAUAAAAGCUGUAUUUUGUUGUUUUUAUUCUGAUCUCCAGGAAGUUACAACAUAACGAUCAAAUGAACCUUUUUAGUUUCCUCUUUUCCUUGCUUGCUAUGAAUAAGAAUAUUGAUUAAUUAACGUAAUUCUGAUAGUAUAGCUUUCAGGUUGCUGUGGAGGUAAGGCAAGGAUGUAUAAUUAAAUGCUUUCUGAUCAACAAUACUAUUUUUCUUUUCUUUCUUUCUUUUUUUUCCCAAGCAAUAAAAUUUGAAGCCUCCUCUUGUUAAGCUCUUGGUGUGCAGUCUUUUAAUGCAUGUUAGGAAGGAUGGCAACAAGGGAAGUCACUCCUGUUUGCAAGAGGAAUGCACUUUGAUAGCUUUCAGAGAACACAGAAAUCAAGACUUCUUUUUAAAUUUGCACAUAAUUUACAGUCCCAGAGUACAAUGUGAAUUACACAAAGAUAUAUGUACUGUAUACAUUCUAGGGCCACAAGAAGUUAUAAAUUUGUAUAGUACAAUUUUGGUAGGAAGGCUCUUUGCUCUGCUUACUUUAGAAGCCAUUCUUCAAGUCUUACUGGGGGAUGAGAGAUGAUAGUUUUCUGGAGCUAGUCUUGUCUAAUUUUUAAAAUAUACCUACCUGUGGUUAAAUUAUUAUAUUAAAGAGUAAUUGAAGCUGCCUAAGUAACUUAUUCUUACUGUGCUGUUCUGUUUGAAAUAAAGUAUUUAUAAUCUAAGGAGAAAGUGGGCCCAUUUAAAGUUACUUUUGUUGAUAUCUUGCUCUUUAUGUCAAUGCAUAUGUAGAUGAUGAAAUCCAACUACCAGGAGAAAAUCUAUCUAUACUAUGUCAUUGUAUUUGUAUGCAUGUAUGGUAUGACAAAUACAAUAGGAAAUUAUGGGGAAAUAACUUACAACAUUAUUGUUUACAUAACAGUGUUUUAUAUAUAAUAAUGUGGGUUACACCUGUAGCAGAUUUUGUAUAUAAAUAUAUUGAUUAGUACUUACAAUUUUUAAAAGCACCAAAGUAAUACAGCCACACUCACUGGUAAAUGAUGUACUGCAAGGGAAGUUGUUUUUAAAUAAAUGGGUAAAUCAGUUGUGA